AAUCCCCACACUUUCCGCCAUUUCAACCAACCAUCUCCUCCCUCAAACUUCAAAAUUUUCAGCCAUUUCGUAGCGAUAUUUUAUGUGAUACUGUUUAUUCCGUAAUUAAUCAUUCAUCGAAGGUGAAUUUUCAGAGAAUUUGAACUGAGAAGAUGCAGGCGAGCUCUGCAAUAUCGCUCUCCCCCAGCUUCAACACCUAUUCCAACACUAAACUCGCCGAAAUCGCCGCGCGCGUCGUCGACGAGCUCGCCUCUCACGAAAUCUACGACGACGAGUUUUACUUCGAGCAUAUCUCGCCAAAUCGACGAUCUGAUUCUGAGGAGUUUGCGAAUUCUGAUUUCGUGAAGAAUAGCGUUGAGGAAGGAGAUUCUGAUUAUGUAGAAAAUCAAAAUCGCGUCGACGACGACGACGAAUUCGAGUUCGCUUUCGUGACGGCGAGAGAUUCCGAUCCGCCUUCUCCGAUCUCCGCCGACGAGAUCUUCCACAACGGCCAGAUUCGACCGGUCUACCCGGUUUUCAACGGAGAUUUGUACGGUACCGAAUUUCCGCGGGAAAAUCGGAAGGAAUUAGGCGAGAAUGCUCCGACGAUUCGGCUGCCGCUGCGGAAACUGUUUAACGAGGAGCGAGAAACGCCGAUGACGAUGAAUACGACGUCGUCGUGCUCGUCGUCGGACGCGGACGAGCUGGACGGAGUUCCGGCGGACUCGUACUGCGUGUGGCGGCCGCCGAACAAGGCGGAGGCGGAGGCGCGGUGCAAAAAGAGCAGCUCCACGGGAUCGAAUUCGAAGCGGUGGAAAUUCAAGGUGAAGGAUUUGCUGAAUCGGAGCCGGAGCGAGGGGAGUAAGGAUGAUUUCAGCGUAUUGAAUUCGAAUUCGAGAAAGAAACAGAGUGAAGACAGAGGCAAAGUGGCGCCGGUGACGGUGAGCGGCGGUGGAAAGGUUAAAUCCGCGGCGGCGCCACCGCUUCCGCCGCUGCCGGUGCACGGCGGCGAGAAGCGGCGCUCGUAUUUGCCGUAUAAACAGGAUUUAGUAGGGCUUUUCGCCAAUGUAAAUGGAUUCAGUAAGAAUUUGCAGCCGUUUUGAAUUUUGAUUGCUUUUUUAAAAAAAAUAAUUUUAUAUACAGAUUAGUAUAUUUAUUUGUUAAUCAAUGGGGAUUUUCUUUUCCUUUUUUUGAUGUGAAUUGCUAAUAUCAUCUUUCCUUUUCAUAAUAUGUAAUGCGAAAACGACUCCAUUUUUAUUUUACUUUUACUUUUUGGUUAAUUCUAUUGUUAUCUUUUAUAACAUCAUUUCUCAUAAAUAGUGUAAAUGCGAAUUUUUGUGA